AGCCCUCAUUUUACCAGGCCCCCGACUUGGGGCGCCGUCCUUCCCCAUGGCGGGACACCUGGCUUCCGACUUCGCCUUCUCACCCCCACCGGGCGGUGGAGGCGAUGGGCCAGGAGGGCCGGAGCCGGGCUGGGUUGACCCUCGGACCUGGCUGAGCUUCCAGGGCCCUCCUGGUGGGUCAGGAAUUGGGCCGGGGGUUGGGCCGGGUGCUGAGGUAUGGGGGAUUCCCCCGUGCCCCCCGCCAUAUGAGUUCUGCGGAGGGAUGGCAUACUGUGGACCUCAAGUUGGAGUGGGGCUGGUGCCCCAAGGCAGCCUGGAGACCUCUCAGCCCGAGGGUGAGGCGGGAGCAGGGGUGGAGAGCAACUCCGAGGGGGCCUCCCCCGAGCCCUGCACUGCCCCCACUGGUGCCGUGAAGCUGGACAAGGAGAAGCUGGAGCAAAACCCUGAGGAGUCCCAGGACAUCAAAGCUCUGCAGAAAGACCUCGAGCAAUUUGCCAAGCUCCUGAAGCAGAAGAGGAUCACCCUGGGAUACACCCAGGCCGAUGUGGGGCUCACCCUGGGGGUUCUCUUUGGGAAGGUGUUCAGCCAAACAACCAUCUGCCGUUUUGAGGCUCUGCAGCUCAGUUUCAAGAACAUGUGUAAGCUGAGGCCCCUGCUGCAGAAGUGGGUGGAGGAAGCUGACAACAACGAAAAUCUACAGGAGAUAUGCAAAGCAGAGACCCUGGUGCAGGCCCGAAAGAGAAAGCGAACUAGUAUUGAGAACCGAGUGAGAGGCAACCUGGAGAACAUGUUCCUGCAGUGCCCGAAACCCACACUGCAGCAGAUCAGCCACAUCGCCCAGCAGCUCGGGCUCGAGAAGGACGUGGUCCGAGUGUGGUUCUGCAACCGUCGUCAGAAGGGCAAACGAUCAAGCAAUGACUAUUCGCAACGGGAGGAUUUUGAGGCUGCUGGGUCUCCUUUCUCAGGGGGACCGGUAUCCUUUCCUCUAGCACCAGGGCCCCAUUUUGGUACCCCAGGCUAUGGGGGCCCUCACUUUACUACGCUGUACUCCUCGGUCCCUUUCCCUGAGGGUGAGACCUUUCCCUCUGUGUCUGUCACCACUCUGGGCUCUCCUAUGCACUCAAACUAAGGUAGCCUGCCCUUCUCAGGAAGAGGGGCAGGGGAAAGGGGAGAGCUAGGGAAAGAGAACCCUGGGGUUCCUGCCAGGGCUUUGGGAUCAAGUUCUUCAUUCACUAAGAAAGGAAUUGGGAACACAAAGGGUGUGGGGGCAGGGAGUUGGGGGAACUGGUUGGAGGGAAGGUGAAGUUCAAUGAUGCUCUUGAUUUUAAUCCCCACAUCACUCAUCACUUUGUUCUUAAAUAAAGAAGCCUGGGACACAGUGGAUAGA